AUGCCGGAGACAGGACAGGAGCCCCCGAGCAGCCAGGCGCCGCAGCCACCACCCAAAGAGUCGCCUUUUUCCAUCAAGAACCUGCUCAACGGCGACCACCACAAGGCGCCUCCCAAGCAGCCCCGAGCGCUCUUCGCCCCGGCCGCCAAGGGGGCUCUGGAUGGAGCUGGCUUUGCCCUCUCCCAGGUGGGCGAUCUCGCUUUCCCUCGCUUUGAGAUCCCGGCGCAGAGGUUUUCCCUGCAAGCGCACUACUUAGAGCGGUCCCCAGCCUCCUGGUGGUACCCGUACACCUUGACCGCCGCGGGAGGCCAUCUGCCCAGGCCAGAAGCUGCAGAUAAAUCUCUCCUGCGAGACUCCUCCCCGGCCUCGGGCACGGACAGAGACUCUCCGGAGUCCCUGCUCAAGGCUGAGUCGGACCACAAGGAGCUUGACUCAAAAAGCCCCGACGAGAUCAUUCUGGAGGAGAGUGACUCGGAGGAGGUGAAGAAGGAGGAGAACGGGGAGGACUGGAAAGCCAGGGAAGACAGCCCGGAGAAGAAGCCCUGCCGAAAAAAGAAGACCCGCACUGUCUUCUCCCGGAGCCAGGUGUUCCAGCUGGAGUCCACCUUUGACAUGAAGAGGUACCUGAGCAGCUCGGAGCGGGCAGGCUUGGCAGCAUCUCUGCACCUGACAGAGACCCAGGUCAAGAUCUGGUUUCAGAACAGAAGAAACAAGUGGAAAAGGCAGCUGGCCGCUGAGCUGGAGGCUGCCAAUCUCAGCCACGCGGCCGCCCAGAGAAUAGUGCGGGUGCCUAUCCUCUACCAUGAGAACUCCACCGCCGAGAACGGCAGCUCGCCUGCCAACGUGCCGGUCAGCCAGCCCCUCUUAACAUUCCCUCACCCCGUCUACUACUCCCACCCUGUAGUCACAUCAGUGCCACUCCUGCGACCCGUCUGA